UACGUACAACUUGGGAGGAGUCAUCAUCAUCGUCAUCGUUCAUGAUGUGAUAAUGGUUCCACAAUAGAAUGCACCCUCGCUUGUGCCUCUGCUACCCUUAUAUAAAGCCACGCACCAGUACUUCCAUCAAUUAACCGUUCAUUCAUCGAAAUUCUCAACUCAAGCCUUGGGGUGAUGAUAGAGAAGACACUGUGUGAGAAAAAAGGAAACAUGGAGGGUGAAGAAACUGAGAUAAAAGAACAAUCCAGGUUCAAGAGGAUUUGUGUGUUCUGCGGAAGUAGCCCUGGGAACAAGACUGGCUAUAAGGAUGCUGCUGUUGAGCUUGGGAAAGAGUUGGUGUCAAGAAAUAUUGAUCUGGUUUAUGGAGGAGGCAGCAUUGGUUUGAUGGGGCUGGUUUCCCAGGCUGUUUAUGACGGGGGUCGCCAUGUAAUAGGGGUUAUUCCCAAGACACUCAUGCCAAGAGAGAUCACUGGAGAGACAGUGGGGGAAGUGAUGGCAGUAGCAGACAUGCAUCAAAGAAAAGCAGAGAUGGCUCGCCACUCUGAUGCCUUUAUUGCCUUACCCGGUGGCUAUGGAACACUUGAGGAGCUUCUUGAGGUCAUAACUUGGGCUCAGCUUGGCAUCCAUGAUAAACCAGUGGGGUUGCUGAAUGUAGAUGGAUACUACAAUUCCUUGUUGUCUUUCAUUGACAAAGCUGUGGAGGAAGGCUUCAUUAGCCCCAAAGCUCGUCACAUAAUUGUAUCUUCCCCAUCAUCAAAAGAGCUUGUCAAAAAGAUGGAGGAAUAUUUUCCACAGCAUGAAAGAGUUGCCUCUAAGCUGAGCUGGGAAACUGAGCAGAUAGAUUACUCCUAAAGUUGUGACAUGUCUAGGUGAUUAGAGGAUUAUGGAAGAAUAUGUGUAGAAACAGUUAUUAGUUUAAUGGCUUAAGAGAGUAUUAUUAUUAUUAUUAUGGCCAUAAUUGUUUCAUGCUAUUGCAACUAUCUGCUAGUGUAAACUACAGAACUGACUUCAAUGUAGCUGUCGAGCCUAACUACUCUGCUUAAUGUGAAUUCUGGUUUUUCA